AUGGGAGUUAGUGGUCUAUUACAAAUACUAAAGGAAAUACAAGAUCCAGUAUCACUUGAACGAUAUAGAGGUAAAACCUUAGCAAUAGAUACAUAUGGUUGGCUACAUCGAGCUUUAAUAUCAUGUGCAGAGGAACUAUGUUUAGGAAAACCUACAAGAAAGUACAUAACAUUCGUUUUGAAUAAGAUCCAAAUGCUACAACAUUUUGGAAUAACUCCAUAUUUUGUAUUUGAUGGUGCUUCUUUAAAAACAAAAUCAGAAACAAAUCAAAAAAGAAGAGAUAUUAGAAAUGAAGCAAAACAAUUGGCUCAAAAAUGUAAUGAAACUGGAAGACCUCAUUUGGCAAUGAAACAUUAUAUGAAAGCAGCAUAUGUAACUUCACAGAUGUGUAAAUCAAUAAUGUGUGAAUUGGAUAGACUUAAAAUACGUUAUGUCGUUGCACCAUAUGAAGCUGAUCCACAAAUGGUUUACUUGGAGAAAAUUGGAGUAGUUGAUGGUAUUUUAAGUGAAGAUUCAGAUUUAUUAAUAUUUGGUUGUCAAAAAUUAAUAACAAAGUUAAAAGACGAUGCAAGUUGUGUUGAGAUUAAUAGAUCAGAUUUCAAAAAAGUUAAAUUCAUUCCAUACUUAAGCUCUUUUAGUGAUGAGCAAUUGAGAUUAGUUGCAAUGGUAUAUGGUUGUGAUUAUACGAAGGGAAUUAGCGGUCUUGGAUUGAAGUCAUCAUUCCAAUUUGUGAGAAGAUACAUUACCUUAUCAAAAGUCGUUAUAGCUUUAAGAUCAACUGGCAAGAAAAUACCUAAUGAUUUCGAACAAGAAGUUGAAAAAGCAAAUUUAGCUUUCCAAUUUCAAAAAGUAUUUGAUCCACGAAGUCAGACAGUGUCAACUUUGAAUGAUAUACCAGAAUCAUUGGAAAUAGAUUAUGAAUUAAUGGAAUCUUGUUGUGGUAAGACAUUGGACCCAACCAUAAGCAAGAAAAUUUGUAAUGGUUUCAUAGAUCCAAAUAGUCAUCAAAUUUUAGUAUCUAGAGAACAAAGAUUAGCUAGUUUAAAAUCAUCUUCACUUCAUCUAUCAUCCGAAAUCAAUCAGAAUACAAUAAGCGAAUCGGCACAGCGAUCUAAAUCAGAAUCAGCGAUCAAAAAUAGUAAUGGUAGGUCAAUUUUUGAUUUAAUGAAAAUAUCAAGAAAGUCCGUUAAUGUGACGGAAGAAACAGAUCUUAAUUCAAUCAAUGAAACUGAAGGAAAUGAAAAAAGUAUCAUCAAAACUCCCGAGAAACCAUUCAAAAGACCCAGUGUUGUAUUAGGGACUAGAGAAAUCAAAAUGUCACCUACAUCCAAGAAAAUCAAAAAAUUACAACAAAACAUUAAUAUAGCUAACGUUCAAAGUUCUUCAAGCAAAUUUUUUGGAAAAUCUACUUUACAAUCGAUCAAUACCACCUCAGAGCCAAAUCAAAAAACUAUUAAGACAACAAAAAAUUGCACUGUUACCAUUUUGCCUACACCAAAUAAAACUAUUGAUGAACAUGCCGGUUGGGACUCCAGUUUAAUUAACGAUUCUGAAGUGCCGGAUGAAUCACCUACAAGUCAAAAUAUCAAUAAGGAAAACAUAUUAGAUGAAUUAACCGACAACGAUUUGGAAGAUAAAAGUAAUAAUGAUUCGCAGGAAUCUGUAAUGUCUAAAUCUGCAGCAUCCCAAGUAGAAGAACAGGAUGAAGUAAUAAUUGAUUCAUUGGAUCCGUCCCAAUAUCAUGACAGUCCAAUUCAGAAAAAACUGGAUAUGAAAAUUUUAAAUCUUAAUCGAUUUAAAUUUAGUCAAGAAGAUGAUUGUGAAAUUAGUGAAGAAGAUCAGAAUGAAAAUAUGUUUAAAACACCUGUUGCUAAUUUUAAAGUCAAUACUAAAACAAUCGACCUAAAACAGUUUUUGUAUAAAGGUUAA